AUGGAAUAUAAUUCAUUGUUUUCGUCAUUAACAUCCUCAUCAAUAGAAACAUAUGAAUGUGAUGAGGCUGUUGAGAUGUAUUACCCAUUAAUUUCUGCAGAUAAUGGAGUAGAGAUAUUGGGAUCUUGUAAUGGAUUGCUUUGCGUACGCACUAGCUUCCCUGGUGGUGAGGAUGAGGAUGCAAUUAGUCUUUGGAACCCAUCUUCUAAUGAGUACAAGGAAUUACCUUCAUCACCAAAUCAUUUUUCACGUGAGGACACCGGUUUAUAUGGGUUUGCCUAUGACUCUCAGGAUGAUGAUUACAAGGUUGUAAGAGUCGUGGACUAUUACUAUAAUAAUUAUUAUGAUACUGGAUCUGACAUCGAGGUGUAUAAUUUACGAUCAAAUUCAUGGAAAGAUAUCGGUCCUGUACCUUAUCUUUUUCCUAGUCAUAAAAUACCUGGGGUAAUUGUAAAUGGAGUUCUGCACUGGUUAGGAGCUAAAAUUAGUGAGCCCAACUUUAUCGUAAUAGCUUUUGCUAUCGGUACCGAGACAUUCAAGGAGUUGGCAGUAGAAGGGCUACAUCUACCAGAGUGUGAUGAGAAUAUCUAUAAUUAUAUCUUGGGAGCCUUAGCGGGGUGCCUUUGUUUACUAUUUAAUGUAUUUGAUGUUCAGGUCGAUGUGUGGGUGAUGCAGGCGAAUGGAGUUAAAGAAUCUUGGACUAAACGUAUAAGCAUUACCCAAGAGAAUAUUACCAGAAACAAUUAUUUGACACUAAAGUGGGACUUCAAGAACGGUGAGAUUCUACUAAUGGGUGAUGAUUUCUUGUUUUAUUAUGACUCAAAUCGUAACAGAGAUAAGAAAGUGAUCAUUCGUGGGGCUGAUUUAAGGUUCGUAGCAGCAGAGAAUUUUGUGCCCAGCCUUGUUUCACUUAACUCUGGUACUUAUGUGGAAAGAAGAAUGCUGGAAUGA